AAGGGGGAACAUAGCUUUAUUUAGGCUUACUAACAUCGUGAAUUGUAUUCUUAGUAAUCAUCUCCCUAUCAGAAUUAAAAAAAACUUACAGAAUCAAAUCCUACUUUCUUCUACCAUUUGAAUUUCAGUAGUCUGUUCGAAAACUGAAAUACGACACCUGGCAAUUUUCGUUACUUAUUCAGCCCGUCUCUCUCCACCCCUCCUCUCUGUGUCCCUACUGAAAAGCCGUGAAAUUCCUGAAGGUUUACGCUUUUGUUUCGAUUGUUUUGGCGCAAGAAUUCGUGGAUUUCUUGGAGAUGCUCGGCUACUAACCAGCUAUAACAUUAGGCUACUAAAGUACAUUUGCCACUGGUUGUAACUUCAAAGCCGCGUAAACAAGCUUCCCAUAAUCUUGCAGUUCAACACCCUUCUCCCGUUACAGUGAGCGAGAAGUUGAGAUAAAGGAAAGGGGAAUGAAAAAAAGUGUGGAAACUCAGGAAGAAGGAAGGAGAAUAAAGGGAAACUAGGAAGAGUUUUCGCUCAAGGAAGAGAGAAAGUUAUGUGGACACAAGAAUCCUCUCCCCCGGUUUGACAGCGCAAGAAGCUGUGAUUUCUACUCCCCUGGGAAAUUGUACCUCAGAGCUCGCCAGGUCACCCCCGUCUUGCACUCGUUUUUGGUUCCAGCACCUCCUGAUUUACAAAUGAAGCACUGCAUACCACCAAACAACCCUCCAACCCAGAGCGCAGUGAAGUCUACCCACGCUGGCACUCUCUCCUACUGACACAAGAGAUGGAGGGAGAGAAGGAGAGAGAGAGGGAGCGGGGAGAGGAGAAAGAGAGCGACGAGACGGAGGAAGAGGAGAAACAGAGCGACGAGGCUGAAGAGGAAGAUGAUGAAGAGGAUGAUGAUGAAGAUGCGGAGGGAGCUGCGUUGGUGUGGCAGGAGGGGUCAUACGGAGAGGAUGACCUGGGCCUACCCAUAAUGCAUUGGGAGGCGCUGAGCCUGCGCAUCGCAGAGCUGGAGAAACAGGAAGUGGAGAAGAGAGAGAAGAAAACAAAGUCUUCCAGUGUCCUUGAACGAGGUAAGAAAUUGUCAGCAAGCCGGCCGGAGGAGAGAGAGAGAGGGAAGACGCUGUCCAUGAACCGGCCAGGAGACAGGGAGCAAGGGAAGAGUAAGGAGAGCUGGGAGGACAGAGGCGAGGAGGACUGCAAUAGCCGCGUGACAGCCCUAACCUCGCGUCUUUCGAAUCAGAUGAACCUCCAGCUGUGCUUCAUCAAUGACAGCGGAAGCGAAGAAGAAGAUGAAGAUACUGGCAAAAAAGUUAGUGUGAAGAAUUCCAAAAUUGUUGGUAAGAGCGGUUCCAGUGUGCAGGUGCGCCAGCAGCCCAAGUUCCCUGCCCCCCCUGCAGCCAAGAGCAAAUCAUCAGGCUUCAAGGCUGCACUGAGCGCGCUCAGAAACAAGCUGAGGACCGAGCAGAAACAGGAGAGCCCAGCUUGUUGUAAUCAGCUGUUGAAGAAUAAAAGGCUGGACCGAAGUGACCUGCAAGCCUUCAGUCUCAAAGAGCUCAACGCCCACCAAAACUCUCUCAACAAGGCUAUACAAGACCUUAGCACAGAGCUGGUGGUUCAUCUUCAGACUCGGGACCAGCUGAGGACAGAACAGGAUGCUAUGCUGCUGGAGGUACAGGACAUGACAUCACUCUGACGUCACCUUAGAAUCACAUAUAGAACCCUGACCAAGAUGGCUGCCAUUAUCAGCACAAUCUAGAGCUAUGCAGGUCUAUGACAAGCCACUCUUGUGUAUUAUAUACUCUAUGGACGACACUUUCAGAAGGCCCAUCACCAUAGAAUAAUUUGAAUCUUUCUAAGUUCUACGAUCAUCGUCUAAUAAAAUGGAAUCCCGGUGUCAGAGAUCAGGUCACAAUCCGUCAAUGACGGACACCGGUGCUUGAAAUUAAUGGACGAAUCAAAUCAAUGUGAAGAGACUGCAUCACUCCUAAAUACUUUUUUGGAUUGAAUUGCACAGCAUUUUGUUUUUAUUCCCCAGUGAGCAAAACUGGUUGAAAUGACGUCAUCGAACCCAGUUUCACAUUUAUUAUGACAUCAUAUCAACCGGUUUUGCUCUGUGUUUUUUUGUGUUUUUAUAAAGGGAAACGUGUAUGUCUGGACUGUUAAUGUUGUUGUGUUGUAGUGUUUUAGGGGGAAAAUAACGGUAAUAUUAUAAGGGAUUAAUAAGCUGCUAUUGCUACCCAUGGAUCAGUCUAGUUCAAAUGUCCAUUGUCAUCCACAUGUUGAAAUGCAAUGAUCGUUUGGUAGCACAUUAUUUGAACUAUACGUCAUACGGUAUCAUAACAAAUGUCCGAAGAUUUCUUGUCAUUGAGCGUUACGACGUAGAGUUUGAAUAAAGUGUUACCGAUUGUUUUUUAUUCUUGUUGCCGGGACACUUUUCAUUGUUUGUUUUGAUUUUUAUGUUGCCGGGACACAGCUAUGUCUUCUAUUCUCGUCGAUGUUUUAAUGUAUGCAUGAUGAUCGUUGAAUGAGUCAGUCAGAGAAAGGGGCAUUACUAACCAAACAGACACACACACAGUAAUGUGAGCACAGCUCAACUCAAUGACUUGGGUCUACUGAAAUAGCAGGAAAAGUAAAGGGUAUGGAAUACUAUAUUAACCUGCAUACUGUUGUAAUAUGACAACAAUGUAACCUACCAGCCGACCGACAAGAUGCCUGACCAAGCCUCACUCGUUUGGUACUGUUGUCAUAAAACACCAACACAAGGAGCAUUGGGAUUUUGUCCGGGUUACAUGAGUUUGACGUCACUGUUGACGUUGUUUUAUUCUACAAUAAUUUUGCAUGAAAUAAACAGGUUGUCAAGGAUA